GGCUCGCAGAGGGGUCUCGCCGGCUUCUUCGAGGGCAGGGCACUGAUCAUCGCAGGCAGCGAGGAGCGGGAAGCUCCCUUGAUGUGGUGUGCGAACCCUUUCCUUGGAGAUCUAACCGUCCAAGUGGCCGGCGAUGGGGCGGAGCUCUACGUGGGUGACGCCGCUGCUGCCGUGGUGGCGGCGAUCACCGACUUCUUGAGCGGACCAGUGCAGGACAGGCAACCCGUCCCCGGUCUCCUUGCCCUUGCCGGUAACAGUGCAAGGGUGGCCGAGCCGGAGACUGCGUCUACACUGGCGCUCCCGGACGUCCCCUGCGUGUAUCUCAUCCCAGGAUGCGAUGGUGGCGAGUUUGGCCAUUUGGCAACCCUGGCCCAGGGUUUCACAAACUGCAACACAUGCCAGCUUGAGUUUGACGAGGAGGCCAUGCGGCGGACAUCUUUAUCCGACGUUGCGACCCUCUUCGCGCGGCGGGUUCUGCAGGAUCAGAGCCAGAGCCAGCCCACCAACGAGCAACUCGCGGUCACUGACGAAGCGACGGUGCCCAAUGGCCUGCACGACUCUGAGGAGGAGGAUUCCGAGGAACUUCGGCCCAGAGAUCUUGGAAGGAAGGUAGUGCUGGUUGGCCACGUGACUGGUGCAUCUCUCGCCUUCGAGAUGGCAAUGCAGCUUCAGGAAGCUGAUGUCGAGGUCGCGCUGGUUGUCAUCCAAGGCGAAGUCGCAUGGUCUGGCGGCCCUGUGCCCGACCGCUGCUUCAGCGCGAGCUGGCUCGGGAGCACUUGCGAGGCCACGCUGCUCAUCGCGCGGUGCCUCGGUGCUGCAGACUUCGCCAGCAAGGAGGCGAACUCCUUGUGGCAACUGCAGGAGGAGGACACGCACGAACUGAAAGGCCAGCUGCACGUAGCCUGCCAAUCCGCCUAUGAUGGCUCGGAGAGACUAGCGGAGUGCACUGGAGAGAUUGUGCGCUCAGCCUUGGAAAAGGCAUCGAAGAAGCUGGUGAUGAAAGCGUACUGGAAACUGUCAGAGCAUUUGAGUGGGCUGUCAGUGGACGGGUUCAAAUCCCUCGUUCAAAGGACGGCGAAGCGAAUAGACUGGAUGAUGGAAGUCGGAGCUGAUAGCUGCUCCCUUGAGACCUUUGAUGGGCCAACCCUGCUGGUCUUGGCCAAAGACUGCCCUUCGGAGGAACUGGAGCACCUUAGGACAAUUACUAGCUUGUAUUGCACCAGCCUGAAUGUCGUUGAAGUUCCUGGUGACCGGCACGGCGUGCUGAGUGUGGAGAACUCGCCCAACCUCGCGGCAGAGAUCCAGGACUUCGCGCGUCAGUGGAUGCGUGAGAAGAAGCAGAGGCACUCCUCCGGCUUUUGA